ACAAUGUAAUCUCGCGAGAGAAACCCCCGCCACUUCCUUGUUAUCCUGCCGCCUCGAUUUCCCAUAACACCCCGCGCUCGCCCGGCCGCCUUCCUUUUUCCGCCAUAUUGCUGCACUGGCAUCAUGGUGCGCAUGAACGUUCUGGCAGAUGCUCUAAAAAGCAUCAACAAUGCUGAGAAGCGUGGAAAACGUCAAGUACUCAUCAGACCAUGCUCGAAAGUUAUUGUCCGGUUCUUAACCGUGAUGAUGAAGCAUGGUUACAUAGGUGAAUUUGAGAUCAUUGACGAUCACAGAGCUGGGAAGAUUGUCGUUAAUCUCACAGGCAGACUCAACAAGUGUGGUGUGAUCAGCCCCAGAUUUGAUGUCCAACUGAAGGAUUUGGAAAAGUGGCAGAACAACCUGCUACCUUCACGUCAGUUUGGGUACAUUGUGCUGACAACUUCAGCUGGCAUCAUGGACCACGAGGAAGCUAGGCGAAAACACACAGGAGGAAAAAUCCUGGGAUUCUUUUUCUAAACUUGUAAAAAGAGGCAAACUAAUAAAUUGUUCAAAUAGACUCUU